AUGGAAAACUCAACAACAACAACAACAACAACAACAGUAACACAGCCUGAUGAAUCAUAUCAAAGAACAAAAUGGAUUGAAACAAAAAAGAAUAUCAAACAAUUAUUACAACAAUUAACUCCAUCUAAUAUUAAACAGACUGUACUACAAUUAUUUCAAAUCAAUCUUUUACGAUAUCAAGGAUUAUUCAUUCGAGAAAUAAUGAAACAACAAAUAAGAAUCACUACCAACGCCGAGUUAUAUGGUAGUUUAAUAAGUAUAAUAAAUUCUAAAAUACCAGAAAUUGGAGAAUUAUUAAUCAAUAGACUUGUAUUACAAUUUAAAAAAAAUUAUCUUCAAAAUAAUAAAAAUUUAAUCAAUUCAUCAAUUAUAUUUAUUUGUCAAUUAAUUAAUCAACAAGUAUUAAAUGAAAUAUUAAUUCUUCAAAUCUUACAAAUGUUAUUAGAAUCUAAUGUGCCAAACAACAACAAUAAUAAUAAUAAUAAUAAUAUUGAAUUGGCCAUAAUGGUGUUAAAACAAACGGGACUGUAUUUAUUUAAACAUUCAAAUACGGCAUUAAUAAUGAUAUUGAAUCGAUUAAAAGAUAUACUUCAAGAUGGUGCUAACGCUAAUGCUAAUGGUGGUAAUGGUGGUGUUGGACUAAGUUCAUGGAAUCGAAAAUCCAUUGAAUAUAUACUUAAAUUAGCGAGAAAUGAUUUUAAAAAUAUUUCAAUCAUAAAGAAUGGAUUAGAUUUGGUAGAAACAGAAGAUAAAGAAACUCAUGUGAUUACAUUAGAAGAUAAAUUAUAUUCUCGAGAUCAUUUAAAUGUAUUUAGUGUGGAUGAAGAAUAUCUUGAUCAUGAAAAUGAAUAUAUUGAAUUAAAGAAAGAAAUUUUAGGAGAAACUGACCAUGAAGAUGAAAAUGAAAAUGAAAUCCAAGUUAUUGAAACCACCAAGAAUUAUGAAGAAAAAAUAACUGAUAUGUCACAAUCAGAAUUAUUACAAUAUCAAAAAACUGUAUAUUUAACAAUUAUGUCAUCUAUGUCAUCUGAUGAAGCAGUUCAUAAAUUACUCAAACUAAAUUUCAAAUCCAAGAUUAAGAACAAGACCAAGAACAAGACCAAGACCAAGACCAACUCUAAUGAUAAUGAAAUAUUGGCAGAUAUGGUAAUUAAAUGUUGUUCACAAGAGAAAACCUAUCUGAAAUAUUAUGGUAUCAUUGGAGAAAAAUUAAUAUCAAGAAAUGAUCAUUGGCAUAAUCUUUUCAUCAAAUUAUUCAAAUAUUAUUAUGAUAUAAUUGAAAAUUUUGAAACUAAUUCAUUAAGAAAUUUAGGUAAAUUUUUCGGUCAUUUAUUUGCUUCGGAUAAAUUGGCAUUAGAUCAAGCUUGGUCAAAUAUUAAAUUAACUGAACAAGAUACGAAUCCGGCAAAAAGAAUUUUACUUAAAUUUAUAUUCCAAGAAAUGAUUGAAGAAUUAGGGAUAAAUGAAGUUAAAGAAAGAUUAAUUAAUGAUGAUUAUUUGAAACCUUAUAUUAAAGGGAUUUUCCCCGUGAUUAAUGUUGAUGGGAAAGAUGCGGAUGCAAUUAGAUUUUCAAUUAAUUUUUUCACAGCUAUUGGUUUAGGUGUUUUAACUGAAGAAAUGAGAUAUGUGUUAGAUAAUCUAUCCGAGCCAGAAGAAGAGGAUGACCGUGGACGAAGUAGAUCAAGAAGCUAUUCAAGAAGUGCUUCGAGUAGUAGUUACAAUUCACGGUCAAGAAGUUAUUCUCGUAGUCAAUCAAGAUCAUCAAGAAGUCCAAAUCCAAGAGGUCGACAAAGAUUUAAAACUAAAAAACAUAAUCAUAAUGAAUCAAGAACACCUUCACGAGAAAACUUAAAACGGAAACGUAGUGAAUCAGUAACGGAUAGGAAUGGCAACAACAACAACAACAACAACAACAAUCUUCAAGAUUUGUUAAAUAAUUUAAAAUAA